UUCAGUGUCGAUUGGUGGGCUCUUGGUGUGCUUAUGUUUGAGAUGCUUGCUGGCCGAUCGCCUUGGGAGGGCGUUGGGCAGUCUGAAAACCCGGAGCAGAACACAGAAGACUAUCUCUUCCAAGAGUUUCAAUUCGACUGAAGAUUUCUUGGAAUUUUGGCUCUUUAUAGUAUUAUAA